AUGUUAUAUGUACUUCCUUUCUUCGCCUUCAAGUUGAAUGAUCGAUUAAAUACAUAUGUCAUGAACCAAUCAUGGAAAGUUCCAGUUUUUGUAUUCUGUUACUCACCACAUUGUGGACAUUGCAAAGAAAUUCAUCCUGAUUGGGAAAAAUUAGCAGAAGAAUAUAAAAAUGAUCCAAAAGUAAUCAUAGCUGAGCUGAACUGUGAAGCAUAUCACCAUACUUGUUCGCAUGAACACCAUGUAAAUGGAUAUCCCGGAUUCAGGAUAGUAUUAAAAGGAAAUUCAAAAACAUAUGAUGGUAGUAGACAUUAUAAUGGACUCAAAGAGAAAAUAGAUGAGCUAAGAUUAUUAAAAAUGGACGAAUUAUGCAACGUUUUAGAUAAUAAUCAAUUGAAUAGUUCAUUAAAUUAUCCUGCAUUCGUUCUAAAUUACGCUGGCAAUCUGAAAGAAGGCUGUGCUUUUAUCGACAAAUUAGUUGGAAGAGAUUAUAAUCUUGCAGAUCAAUUUUACAUCAAUUACAAUCAAUCCGAGAUGGAUAUGGCAAUAUAUACUGAAAAAUUAGCGUCAGUUCAAUUAGAAAAACCAUGGUCGAUAAAAAAUGUCAAAAAAUUCGUAAAAGAAUACAAAACUAAGCCAUUUGCUGUUGUAAAAUGGAAAGAAAUAAUGUCAAAGAAUCGUCCGCUUGUUAUUUUGAUCGUUUCUGACUUAAAUGAUGCAAAUUCUUUUAAUAACAUAGCCAAAAAAGACUUGACACAUCACUGGGCCGCAGUAACUGCCGAAAGAUUUAAAUUCCUCAGCGGAGGAGAUAUAAAAAUAGACAAUCUCAAAUAUCCUGCCGCAAUGAUUACGAAUUCCAAGAAAAACAAGUAUGUAUUGAUAAGCCAAGUUUCAGAAAACCUUUUGUCUCAAGUUAUCGGCAAAGAUUUUGAAAGUUUUAACGAUAUACAAAAUCAAAGGUUAUCAAUGAUAUUUAGAGACUUAAUUCUCUUCCCAGCACAAAGGUUUAAGAAUAGAACAAUAUACAUUAUGAUUGCUCUUGUUUUAAUUGCUUUAAUCGGUGGCUGCAUUUAUUAUGUUUUCGAUAUGCAGCCAACUUAUAAAUUUGAAUAA